GGCUAAAUUACUCUACAGCUGAUGAAACGUCAGACUCGUUUAGUUUAAAUGCAACUGCCCAGACCUGCUGCCUCGUCUCUGAAGCAGAACCAGAACCAGAACCAGACCCGGAAAUACAGCAUCCUGAGCGUCCCUUCUGACAGCAGAGGCUCAGCAGCUCAUCGUGUGAAAGUUUUGGCUCCAGCGUCGUGUAAAGAAACACGGGUGACCUUCGACGCCUCCACUCACCUCAUACCAGCAGCUCCAGUUUGUCCUCCAGUGACCUGCUGCUGUUUGGCUGGACAUUUGAAGGGGAACAGCUGUUGGCUCUGACAUGGCCGACAUUAACCUGGAAGACUACAGUGUCUACGAUCACCUGACUGAUGAAGAGCUGCUCCAGAUCGCCGUGGAGAGAAGUCUCUGCGACAUGCAUCCCUUACCAGCCUCCGGUCCGAGGUCAGCCUCUCUGUCAACAUCCGCAGAUCCACCUCCAGAACCCAGACCCAGAAAUCUGGAUCCCCCACAGCUGCCUCCAUCCCAGCCGCCUCAACCGGUCCACGUCCACAACUAUGAACACCCGCCCCAGUUUCUCUACAAGGUCCUCAAGAGAGAUUUCAGUCCUCUGCAGACGAUCAUUAUGGACGGAGACACUGAGGCUCUAACGGCUUUGGUUCAGAACCGGUCCAGCAGCCUGACUGAGCCCAGCAACGAAGGCUGGAUCGCUCUUCAUGAAGCCGCAUAUUAUGGUCAGCUGCAGUGCGUCCGGAUCCUGCUCAGAGCUGACCCCAGUUCAGUAAACAGGUGUACCUUGAAGAAUGAAACUGCUCUGCUACUCGCCGCCUCUCAAGGAAAUGCUUCCUGUGUCGAUUUUCUUCUGAGGCACGGAGCCAACGUGAACACGGCCAACAAGGCCCAGGAGACUCCACUGUUCACAGCCUGUGAACAUCCAAACGAAGAGGUCGUGGAGCUGCUUCUCAGGUAUGGAGCCCAGGUGAAUCUCGCCUGCUCUCAGGGGGAAAGUCCUCUCCAUGAAGCAUGCAGACACGGGUGUUUGAGACUCUGCAGGAUGUUACUGGAUGCUGGAGCAAGCAUGAAGGCCAAGAACAUCUACCACAUCCAGCCGCUGUUCAGGGCUGCACAGAACGGCCACGGAGAGUCCCUGCAGCUGCUCAUUGAGAGAGGUGCAGACGUGAACGGACAGGCGGGAGAUGGAGCCUCGCCGCUGUACGAAGCCUGUAAGAACGGCCACGUCUCAGCGGUGCAGGCGCUGCUGGCCCUGAAAGCUGACGUCAACCGAGCCACCAACGCCGGCCUGCUACCCCUUCAUGUAGCCGUGAAAAACAACCACAAACGAAUCGUAUCCUUGCUGAUCCCGCUCACCAGCAGGGUCAGGAUCCAGAACUGCGGCAUCAGCCCCCUGCACAUCGCCGCCGAGACGAACCGGGGGCAAAUCCUGGAGCUGCUGAUCGAGUCGGGCUUCAACGUCAACGCCGAGCUGUCGGACGAGCGGGCCAAGAUGUACGAGGACCGGCGCAGCACCGCUCUCUACUUCUGCGUCUCCAACGGGAACCUGCAAGCUGCUGAGAUGCUGCUGGAAGCCGGAGCCAACCCCAACCUGGACGUCUUCAACCCGCUGCUGAUCGCCGUGCGGCUCGGCUGGAUGGACAUGGCCGAGCUGCUGGUGCGGUACGGCGCCGACGUCAACGCUCGGAUGUUCACACAGCCGUCCGCCUUCCCCUCCACCAUCCUGCUCGGCAUGGAGUCUCCUCCCAUUCUCAAGCUGCUGCUGGACAACGGCUGCGACCCCAGCCUCUGCUUCCAGUGCUCCUACGGCCUCAAACCACAUCCGGCCGUCACGCCGACACGCCGUCCCACCGAGGAGCUGCAGGUCAACCGGAUCCCCCAACCACGCUGCAUCCAGUACUGCGAGGUCAUCUCCAGCUCGCAUCUCUGCCAGAUAUCCGGUCCCAUCAUCUCCAUGCUGCUGGACUACGUCGGCCACGUCAGUCUCUGUUCUCGGCUCCUGGAGAUCCUGGACAGUCGCAGCGACUGGGCGUCUAUCAAGCUGAAAGCUGUUCCUCCUCAUCCUCUGAUGCAGCUCUGCAGACUGAAGAUCCGAUGUCUGCUCGGAGUGCAGAGACUCAAACUGAUCCACACUCUGCCGCUUCCUGUCCGGCUCAUCCGCUUCCUGUGUUACGACCUAAAGUGUCCUCUCACCUGAGGGGAGCCGAAGACACACCUGUCCCUGACAUCACGCUUGCACUUGGCUUAAUCCCGUUUGGGAGAAAAAUGUAACGUAAAAACAGCCGCCACGGGACAAUUUUAGGGAAUAUGGAGUCUGAGAAUAACCAGAACCGGUUCUGGGUUUAUCCAGCCAGAACCUGCAGAUGAACACAGAGGAUUUCAGUCACUUCCUGUUUCUCUGGUCUCUGGAGCUCAGGAUGGCGUCUCACAGCCUGACUGUUCGGUUCUGCUGGGAAGGAGAACAUGCAGAACUUUCA